AUGGCUCCGUCCGUACGAAUGGACCAGGCGGCAGACCACCUUCUUCAACACGUUCAUCCUUCCCUCCGCGAAAGACACGACAUGCUUUCAACCGAGAUCUGUCGACCACUGUACCCAAGAUCAUUGGGGGAGGAGCGAAGUCCGAUUGUGCGCCAGACUAGCAAUGUGGCUCUACCGAGACCUCAGGAGAUGCUGCACAGGGAAUAUGACAGCAGCUCUGUCCGCUCGGCGCUGUUCAUUUUAAGAACCGUUCGCAUCGAUACUAUUUGCACGGCGGCCAAAGCCGUCUGGCUGCGGAACACCACGGCCGACAGGGCGCACUCGAUCAUUGCAACAGUACACCGAACUCAACAGACCUGCCAAUUGUGCUCCGGAAGCCAGACGCUGGAGAAAGCACACACGAACGAAACGAAUGAACUCAUCGCAGUCCAAACAGUCAUGGUCUUCGAAGAACGCAAGCGAGAGUUUCCAAUUGUGAUUGGUCCAGUGUUGUUGGAGUGCAAAAAGCUCUCCAUUCCUUUCUCAUCCUCAACUAGCAACGAGCCAUGUCGGGAUGGCCGACAUACGGGCGGCUCAUACUCACUGAACAGUGGCGACCACCCAAGCGAGGCCUUCGGACUUUUCGCAAAGACCGGCAAACCCUUGUUCAGAGGUCUCACAUCUGCGCAUGUGCAACUGCCUGAGUAA